AAUGCUGUGCUGCAAUAAAAGAAAGAAGAAAAUUGAAAAUGGAAACUAGUAAAUCAGAAGUAAAAAUCUAGAGAUAGUAAUGAAUUUAUGAAUUUUAGCUAUAAACUUAAGAUAUUAAUGAUGAAGCUAUGACACUAUAUUAAACAUAAAAUUUCUUUAAUAACUCGAAUAUUUUCCAUAAUACAAAUGAUCUAUAAAGUUACAGGUAUGUAUAAUAUUAUAGUAGAUUCAGAACAGGCUCAAACUUUUAAGAUAGCCGAUCUGUUGAAAAACUUAUAUAGAAUAUUCCAAGUAUUAGUCCUCGAUAAAGUUCAUUUAAAAGUUUCAAAUAUUGCCAUACAAGUCCUGAUACAAAAUUCAUUUCUCAGAAAUAAGGUUUUACCUUAUUAAUUACCAAAUCAUUUAAGAAGUGA